AUGGGUUUACCCGCAUGGGUUGCUCUACCCGUGCCAUUCCCUAUGCAUAAGCCUCCAGCCUUGCCCAGUUUGGCAGGCCGGGGAGACGUUCUGAAUCGAGUCAACAUCCAACGUCCCACGUCCACCCUCGCCCUCGCCCUCGUCUACGCUCUCUCUUGCGUUCCACUCACUCUCGGCCAAGCCUACCACCCGUGCGCAAGAAGCCCUUUGGUCGACGUUGCCUUCGUACUCGUCAUCGUCAUCGUCAUCGUCAUCGUCAUCGUCAUCGUCAUCGUCAUCGUCAUCGUCAUCGUCGCGUUCGCUAAAGUGGGUAGCCCGCCCUUCCUUCUCUUAUUCUAA